GUUUGUGCUUUGUCAACCCAUUUGACACAACAAGUGUUGUUUUUGGAAUAAAAAGUGAAAGGAUAACGUUGAAAAUGAUUGGUCAGAAUGUGUCAAUACAUUGAUUAUAUUUAAGUGAUUAUGGGAUCAAAUGUGUUCAUUUUUGGCAGCAAAUAUCUUGACGGUUUGAUUGAAUAUUAAGCUUUCAUCUUGCAAUCCUUGUCCUCUUCAGAAAUCUUGUAAUUAUGAUUUGUUGCACCUUAAUCUGUGGACCUAAUCGCCCUCUUUUUUUCCACAGACUGACAUGCGUGACAUCUGGAGGAAUGGGAAAGAUGGUUUUAAGAUUUAUGUAAGUCGCUUUAGAGCCGGCGUGGUGCUCUUGGGGAGGAGCUGUGGGCAUGCGCGCACGGUUACCCCUUAAAGCCCGGCAGGAGCAAAUCCAACAGGACGUCCCUUCUCUGACGUGAAGCAGGGGGGUUGCCACAUGCCCCGGGGGGGUCUUUAAAACCCGACUUGAAGAUGCUCUGCCUCUGAUGCGCAUCUUUUGCGCAACUUUCUUCCAGCAUCCCUGGAUUUGGAAACAGAAAAGUUUGAUAAACUUGAUUUUCUACCAUUUUUUAAAAAAGUUCUUUUGACUUGAAGUUGUUGAAUCAACUGGACUUCAAUUCAAGCUCUUGGAGACAAAUGUGGCUCCUUGGAUCAGCUUCACAGAUCCUGAUGGCGGAUGAGCGCUCGUCUCCCCCCGCGCGUCCCGUCCAGAGCCCGGGGAGCAACUCGGCCACCGUCCACAGCAUAGAGGCCAUUCUGGGCUUUAAAGAGGACACGAUCUUCCACAAGUCCUCCUACAACCUGACGGGAAAAGACGCAGAGCGCAGCGGGGCUGUGACCCAAAUGAAGAAAGCGCAUUACGCAGACAGCUGUGACGCGCCGGACUCCCCGGACAGAGACGGGAAACUGUCCGACGAUGAAACCCAGAAGAAGAAACACCGCCGGAACCGAACCACCUUCACCACCUACCAGCUCCACGAGCUGGAGCGGGCCUUUGAGAAGUCCCACUACCCGGACGUGUACAGCAGAGAGGAGCUGGCGCUGAAGGUCAACCUGCCGGAGGUCCGCGUGCAGGUUUGGUUUCAAAAUCGGCGUGCAAAGUGGCGACGUCAGGAGAAGCUGGAGGUGAGCUCCAUCAAGCUGCAGGACACCCCCUCAUCUUUGCUGUCCUUCAGCCGCUCCCCCGGCGCCUCGCUGGGCUCCGGGCUGCAGCUGGACCCCUGGCUGUCCGGCCCCAUCACCACCUCGGCCUCCCUGCAGUCUCUGCCGGGCUUCAUCAGCAGCUCGCAGGGCCUCCCGGGCGCUUACACCCCGCCUCCGCCCUCCAUGCCUUCUUCCCUGCCGACCUCUUUAUUCAACUCCCCCAGCUUGGGACACAGCCCCCACCUGCCCCACAUCAGCUCCAUGUGCCCCCCACCCCCGGCGUACCAAUGCUCAGCGGACCCGAGGAACUCUAGUAUUGCGUCACUGAGGAUGAAGGCCAAGGAACACAUUCAGUCCUUUGGGAAAACGUGGUGAUGCCAGAAGAAAACUCAGAACAUUCCUGGAGAUGGGAUUAAAAGUGUUUAAGUGGAAAUGAUGUCAGGACUGGUGAUUUAUUUCACCAAAACUCUUCAGAAACGGGAAGAAAACCCCUGCAAAAACAACAGGAACUAUACUAAAACCCAGGAUGGAUUUAUCCCUGGUAUUUUUUUCUGUUGUAUCAUCUCUGUGUGUUAUUUCACUGUAAAGUUUAUUCAUCUUGCCCCAACUCUACAGUCUUAUAUGCUCUCGAUUUGCUCUUUUCCAAUCAUGCUAGGGCAACAGAAUUCCAUUUUUGUAACCCGUUCAUCUCCAUUGUCUUUUCAUUCUUGUAGAAAUUAGAAGAAAAAUGUGUUUUUAUCAUAAAAAGAUGCAUCAUGAAAGGAAAUAAGCUGUUUUUGUAAGAUAUUUACAACAUAAUCUAUAUUUUUCACAAAAAAAGGUGUAGCUAAAAAUCAAAACUCAGAUUUGGAAAGAAUUCCAGAAGUUUCUGAUAUUUUUUCCCUUUUCAUUUAUGUUAAAACAAUAAAGAACACCAUCAAAACAAA